AUGGCCCCUCCUUUGAGCCAUGACGAGUUCUUCUCAUCUCUUGCAACUCUCCUCUCCAAGACAUCCGAAAAAGCUCGCGGCUCUGUCUCCUUGACUCAAAAACCCUUGAUUGAUUCCGAAUCCAAUUCCCCUCCUUCAACCCUUAUCCGCAUUACCGAUGGAAACACCAGCGCGCCAAACCCUAAAUCGAGCGACAAAGCUGGAAAAGUCACCAAGAACACCUCCUCCAAGAUCAAGUUCUCGACAGUGGUGAAGCAUGAUGAGCUCGAAGCAUUCUACACACGCUAUGCGGAGCUCUGCAAGUCCGGUAUGACUGGAAUGAAGAAGCGUGAUCGCAAGCGCAAGACCAAGGCCAAGGGUGGAGCUUCUAAGGCUGUCAAGGCUUAG